UGUUAGUAGUAGUGGUGUCACGCGAAAAGACGCAUCAUGACUACCGUAGCGCGGUCACUCCUUCUGGCGGCGGUGCUCGCUCUCAGCCCCGCCGCCCAGGCUAGCGAGGCAUCGGUGGUUCUCGACUUCGAGAAGAAGCUUGACAAACCAGUGGAAGUGGUAGAAAUGCUGGAGGAAGAAGCGGCGAAGAAGAAGAAAGAAGAAGAUAUUCUCAGGGAAAAUUCCGUCUUGGAUCAAGACUGGUCGGAACACAUUGUGGAGAAAGCAAUAAUGAAGGUUCUGAAGGAACUGAAACAGGACAGCAGUGCUCGUCAAGAAACGCGCGCUGUAGAUUGCCCGGAUGCUGACCCGACCUUGAUCCCGUGGAACCCUGGCCAUAACGAGGCUGCGCAGGUGGUUGUGGGAAGGGGAGAGAACUACCUGCUCCAAUCCUCAGCCUCGUUCCACUCACUGCAAAUCAAAGAUGGAGGCCGGGUGGUGUUUGCUGACCUCGGCUCCGCCAGUGACGCCGAGAUCGUCCUGAAAUCUCGCGAGAUCCUCGUCAGUACGGAUGGAGAGUUCUACAUCGGCGGCGAGACCUGUCCGUACCAGGGGAAAGCCACGGUGUCGCUGUACGGCCGCUCGGACGAUCAGAACAACAACAAACAGUUCCUGGUCCUGGAGGGCGGGACACUGGAGGUUCACGGGAAACGGAAGCUGGGCUGGGCACAGCUAACGCAGACUGUCCCGGCUGGGGGUCUCCCUAAGGGUACCUACUGGUGGGACUCCGCCCCCGAGUGGCCCCGUGGCAUUCACGUGCGCGUGUUUGAGGAGAUCUCGGGGAUUCACGUCAGCACAGACAGGUUCGACACCCAGGUCAGCAGGGAAGAGAGUCUACGCUUGGCGGCCUUCCUCGAUCAGGUCCCCGCCGGGAGGGUGGUGGCGCUAGCGGUGGUCAACACCGCAAAUGGAAACCUGGAAGAGACGGCUAGACAGAAGAUUCGGGAGCUGGGAAGCGUCGAGGUGGACUCACUGGGGAGGAGGCAUGCCUGGGCAAUGGUGGGUAUUAAAGGCGAUUCCAGCCUUGCUGUGGAACAAAGACUACCAUUUGUAGAUACGCAGACCACCGGCACGGCCACCGCCACGGUCACUCUACAGGCCUUCUUCGGUUCAUUCAAGGUCACAGCGAAAAGCGAAUGGCUUGGAGGACAACCCAGAUGUACCUUCACCGUGCACGGCCAUGGCGACGAGACGGUCAUCAACCUGAAAGAUGACGUCAGCUCGUGGGAACCUGGUGACCACAUCGUGCUGGCCAGUACGGACUACCAGAUGGAGCAGGCGGAGGAGUUUCAACUACUGCCGUGCGAGGAAUGCUCGAGUCGACAGGUCAAAAUCAACGGACUACCCAAGUACACACAUUUCGGUGAGGUGGCAGAUGAUGUGGACCUGUGUGGGGAGGUGGGCCUGCUGACCAGGAACGUCAAGUUCGUCAGCGAGAUGGAAGACGGUUGCUAUGGCAACAAUUACUGUCAGUUCUUCAACUACGAUACCUACGGAGGGCAUCUAAAGGUUUUGGCUGGAUUCAAGAAUGUCCACCUAAGCGGGGCGGAGUUCACGCGGAUGGGACGACAGAAACUGGGCACUUACCCUGUCCACUUCCACCUGGCCGGAGACGUGGACGAGGCCGGAGGCUACAGCCGCCCUGCGUACGUCCGAGAACUUUCCAUCCACCACUGCUUCUCCCGCUGUGUGACCAUCCAUGGGACUCACGGACUGCUGGUUCAGGACAAUGUUGGGUACGACACGCUUGGCCACUGCUACUUCCUGGAGGAUGGGAACGAGCAGCGGAACGUUCUGGACCAUAACUUGGGUCUGGUGACGCGGCCGGGCACAUUACUCCCUUCUGAUCGGGACGAAAACAUGUGCCUCCGCAUGACGGACACCGUGUUUGGGGACUACACGCCUGAACCAAAUAAGGAGUGCAAGGGUGUGUCCACUUUUUGGAUCGCUCAUCCAAACAACGUGCUGACCAACAACUCUGCUGCUGGCUCUGCCGAGGUUGGCAUCUGGUACAUCUUCCACGACGCGCCGACAGGGCCGUCUGAAGGGUCCCUGCCCUGGAAACAAGCGGAGAGGACACCGUUAGGAGGGUUCUACAACAACAGAGUACACUCCAACCCAAAACGUGGACUGAUGAUAGACGACCGCGUGAAGGUCACCCCAGCGUCAGCAGAAGCUCCACAGGAGUAUUUGGCUUUGGGACAAGGACAAGGGUACUAUCCCCACCAGAACGCCGACCUUGACCAGCCGCGUGAGCCCGCCAUGAUUGUCGGACUGAUUGCCUACAAGAACCAGGUCGGCGCCUGGAUCAGGGGCGGGGACAUCUGGCACGAUAAAUGCGCCUUUGUUGACAACGGCGUCGCUAUAACGAUGGCAAGUUCUGGAUUUUUCCCGAGAGACGUUGGCGCUACCCAGCAGAUGUGGAACAGCAUUUUGGUGGGAGAGAGCGCGAACGUCGGCACCAAGACGCCGGAGUCGGCAUGGGGAGUGGGAGGAGUCACGCCCGUGGAGAGAAGCUUCCCGAGCAAAACAACCUUCCCCAUGCGAGGAAUUGACAUUUACGACGGCCCGACCAUAUAUAAAAGCUGCACGUUAAAGAAGUACGCCGCAGCUCCCGAGCACGACCGCUAUAGUAGCGCCAUCGGCUUCCGUCUCACAAACGACUGGCACAUGACUCCGAAAAACAACGUUACGGACUUGAAGUUUGAAGAUGUAAAAACCCGCGUCUUCACUACUGGAGAAGACAUUCCCUUCAUGUCGACCGACAAGGAUGGCGAUAAGAACCAGAUCUUUCACGACUUGGACGGGACCGUGACCGGCUACCCCGACACGUACGUGGUCAGACAGGACAACCACCUGGUCAGGCACCCGGGCUGUGUGGACAAACCGGACUGGCGAGCAAGUAUCUGCAGCGGGGAGUUUGCUCAGGUUCUUCUUGCAGCAGACCCCCCGACGCCCCGAGUCAUGACCAUAGUCCGAGAUGAGUACCCGGAUCACCCCAUGACCAUGCAAGGUGCGAAAACUCUCAACAAGAAGUUCUACCAGCCCGUGGUGACCCUACAGCAGUCCUACACCGUCCACUGGGACACACGUGCUCCAGAAGUGGUCACCAUUUAUCUCUUCAACUUCGACGGCGGAGAGUGGGUCCGACUGGGUCUGUGUUACCCUCCUGGCACCACGUUCCAAGUGAAGUACCAGCUUGAAGGACGAGUGAAGAAGAGGGUGACACAUGAGGAGGACAUGUCACCCGUGUUCACUCUCACUGACGUGGAAGACGGCGGCGGCAAACUCUUCUAUUUUGAAGAAAGCACGGGGCUACUGUUUGUAAAGCUUCGCGCUAACGAGGGCCGUGGCGGGGACGACUACUGUUCGGAUGCGGGUUGUGAGCGGGUCGUCAUCACGGCCACCAUGAAGGGUGACCAGGUCAGCGACUGUCGCACCGCAGCCUACCCUAAAUACUCCCUGACUCCGACACAAGCCGUCCCCAUGCCGAGCUUCAGCGCUGCCGUCAGAGACUGUGUGGACUGCGGUGCGCAGGAGCCAAUCGUCUUUGACCCUGCUCUGAGCUUCCUAGAAGUGACUGUGUCGUCUGCUGGUUUAGAAGAGACGCGGCAAGGCCACAAGUCAUUUGUUGAGUUAAAUGGCGUCCGUUAUAACCACCGCAGCAGAGGGUACAUGGUUCUCGGGGUUGACGCGGUGUCCGGUACGGUUACCCACCAGUCCACGUACGACACACACGGGGAUACAGCUAGCGACCUGGCCAUGGCCAACUUCCUACGCAAGGAGAUUCCCCAAAAUUCCAUAGUGGUGGUGGCAGUGCGCGGCCGGGCCAGUAAGUUUGCCCGGGAGUGUCUGGUGGCGCUGAGGGAGUUGGGCGCAACAGGGCCUGUCGCUGUGGAAGACAAAGGUAAUUUUGCGAUGGUUGGCUUCAAGGGUACCGUGUGGCCCAGCUGGAUCCAACACGUCAACCUGCCGUCAGGUCAGGGGCCGGCACAGAUCUACAACAGGAUUCCGCUUAUGGGGUAAAAACUACCCUGAACAGAGACAUACACCAGGAUCCCUCUUAUAGCAGUGAUAGAAAUACGUUUUUUUCAGUGUUCUGCAAUGUUGCAAAAUGUCACAAUUUUGUUCUACAAUUCGGAAAUACUUUCUGCAAGUACACGGAUCUAAACC